AUGUCUACUACACAGGAUGUCGAUGCGCCAUGGGGUAGCCAGGACACCAUCCCCAACUCCCUCGAGAAGUCGAAUGACUUCGCAAAUACUUCGAUCGUCGACCCCACAAAUGCAGUCCUUGAUCCUCUCAAAUACUCCCAGUCUGCAGAUAGGCAAGACUCCAGUUCUACGUUGGUGGUUGAACCUUCGGUCACUGGCCCGAGGAUCUCAACCGUACGGCUUUUCUUCGCGCAUGUAGGAGCGGCGCUGACGCUCUUCCUGGCGACGACAGACGCGACAAUUGUGUCCACCAUUUUACCCACCAUCACGAGCGAAUUUUCGGCGUCUUCGACGCAAUAUACCUGGGUCUCGGUUACGUACAUGCUGACGCAGACUGCGCUGCAACCUCUUUACGGGAAACUCUCUGAUCUAAUCGGUCGCAGGACCGUCCUAUUCAGUAGCAUUUUCGUAUUUGCCGUCGGUUCCGCUCUAUGUGGCUCAGCGAAGAGCAUGCAGUGGCUGAUCAUUGCCCGAGCAAUCGGCGGCAUAGGCGGCGGCGGUAUUGUUAGUUUGGUAUGGACCAUAACCUCGGAGAUCGUAGAAGCCCAGAACCAAGCCAAAUGGUCACAAGCUCUCAGUGUCACUUGGGCUUGCUCUGCGGUCGCAGGACCAAUUCUCGGAGGGCUCUUUAGUGUUAAUUCGGGGGGACUGAGCUGGAGAUGGGCCUUAUGCGCCGUGGCAUCUAUGGCACUAUGGCUUUCCCUCCGGCAUGUUCAACUGGGAACAUCUGGGGCAAUGUCUUGGCCUUCCCUCUUGGCAACAUUCGACUUCGCUGGACUAUUUCUCUUUAUGGGUGGAAGCAGCUGCAUCAUCAUUGGCUUCAACGUCGCUGCUCAGUUUGGAUUCACCACACCCAAGUCAUAUAGUAUCAUCGUAUCGGGGCUUGUUGUCUUGGUCUGCGCUGCCUUCUAUGAGGUCCGAACCAAGCGAGACGCUUUGUUCCCUCCUGCUGUAUUCAAAGAUUACACUAUUGUUAUCACGCUUAUCAUUAUCUUCCUUCACAACUUCGCCUUUAAUGCGGGCACGUUCUAUCUGGCGUUGUUCUUUCAAGCUGCUGAGAGCUUGACGCCAUUAAAAGCUGGUAUCAAAAUGCUUCCUUAUUCGCUGGGAUCAUCGUUAGCUUCCAUGCCUACUGCAUGGUUCAUUGGCUACUGGCAAGUCCGGCAUCCGGAUACAAGUGGGCAGAAAACCAUGAUCUGUCUCGGCCUUUUCAUCGCCACCAUUGGCUUCGGUGUCAUGAUGUCAAUGGUGACCACCACAACGAAUAUACUACAAAGCAUAUUUCCUCUGAUCGCUGGCGUCGGCGUCGGCAUGCUCUUUCACGCCCCGUAUCAAGUAUUCACGAGAGCGCUACGCCGCAAGGAUACUGCUUCUGGUACAAGCGCCUUCUUCUUGGUCAGGUUUACAGGGGCCACUGUGGGGCUGUCUGUUUCCGGGGCGAUUUUCGAGGGUCGAUUAGCAGACACCUUGCCGUCUGGGAUCUCUGCACAGAAUGUUGUCGAGUUUGUCUGCUCGCCAGAUUUGGACGGUGUGAGACCUGUUGUCGUACACGCAUUAUCACUCUCGAUACGGGCCAUAUGGUCGGUCUGUUGUGCAUGCUUAGGCGCGGCUUUCAUAAUCUCGUUAUUCAUGCGCAAUCUCCCUAUGGAAAAAAGCGAGCUCGGGGAAGCAAAACACCUCGACGACGCUACCAUCAUAGCAAUGCGAUCGGAAGAGAAGGCUGUCUGAUUUGGACGCCGUUCUACUUCGAAGUGGCUUGUUAUUGCCACUGUAGUUGAAGUAUUGUCUGUAAUCUCUGUAAUAGUUCCUUUCGUGUACACGGCCAUAUUAAGGUCAUGUCAAAA